GGCGGUCAGCAAGGAAUGGACCAAGCACGUCCAACCUGCGCAGCGUGGACCAGGGUGGUGGGGUUGUACUCGGGGACCCCGCGUAGGUGAGGUGAUGUUGCAGGGAAUCUAGUCACACCAGGUGCGAGAGGCCCAAAUCCGCUAUCCUCCAAGCAGUCUUUGGUCACAAGAUGUCACAAGCAAGAUCAGAAAUUUAGUUGACCGCAGUGACACUGUCUCCCUGUAAGCCUUCCUAGUAGCACAUUGCUGUGGGAUUUGUGGGCCAGCAACGAGGACAUUGGAGACAAGCUAAAGCUGAAGUUCAAACAUGUGCGGGAUGCCUUCAGGCCCUUGAAUCUCCAAAGGUUAGGAAAGAUCAAUCGCGAAGAGAUGCGCAGCUUCUUCCGUGGCUUUGGGCACCCCAAGGAUGUGGCAGAUCGUGUCUUUGACCUUCUGCAGGACAAGGCUGGUGAGGUGGAGUACGCCGUGUUCAUGUCUCACUUCGAAUCAGUUCUGGGGCGGGACUUUCGGCAGCUGACACAGGCGCCCAUCAUUGCGUUGGAGGAUCCUCUCGCCAGUCGAGAGGCGAACUGGGGAAGCCUUCAAGCUGCAGCCUUGGACGUUCGCACUUUGGGCACUUUGGGCACUUGGGGCACUUGGGUCACAGCACGGAACUGGGUUUCACCAGAUGGUCUGUGGGGUCCAGUCCCAGAUGCCGAUUUCUUCGGUUUUCUCCGCUUCCAGCCCUUCUUUUGGGAGGCUUACCGCAUCUUGGAUUACGAACAAGGACGGCAAGGUCAGCUGUCAGGAAAUGCGAAACUUUGCCAAAAGGCCCGGCUUGGCGUCUCGGCACGAGCAUCAGAUCAGCUGUUCUUCGCGCUGGAUGUGGACAAGAUCGGCUACUGGGUGUGGUGUUUCGCGUGUUUUAGGUUGGAUCAACUACCUGCAGUGGUGGCCCUGGAUCCGAAAUAUCGUAGCAGCGCAGAGCAGUGCAGGUUCAAUGGGGACAAGGCCCUUGUUCGGCGAGAGCUCCUCCGCCGUGGCUACCGCCCCGCGCGGGUCAGCCAGCUGCUCCUGGAGUGCGACCAAUUCCCUCCUCAAAACCAGCGGCAGCGCGACAGGCAGAGCUUCCAGGACGUGGUCACAGGCACCAUGAUGGAGCUGCAGAGGCUCCGCAUGGUGCGCAAGAACCUGCUGGGGGUGGCGCGCCGCUUCCGCCAAAGGCGGAUCAGCGGCAGGAGGAGGUGGGUCCGGAAUGUGCAACGACACAUCCGGGCCCUUCUCAACCAAGUGCACAUCCGAGAACAGGAGAGCGGCAAACAGAGCACAGAAGUCGCCGCACAGGCCCCCCUCCCACCGGACGAGCACAAAGCCGACAUUGCCAGCCACCAGCCCAAGGAGCUGGUGGCUAGGAUUGAACGGAAUGAGUGGAGCGGUAAGCUCCACCUCGGCCGCUUCGAGGAUCACAAGCUAUUUUUGUGGCUUGUCUUCGACGAGGACGGAUUGGCUCAAGGGCACAAGGUGGGACGGCAUGCCGUACCACGUGAAACCACCACUGGGGUAUCGGGGGCAGGCUCCUUGACCACCAAAAUCCCGCCACACGUGGAACCACCGGUGCCCAAAGUGGGUCUGCAGACUCAGCUUGGCAAUGAUACGACUGCGGUGGUCGGCCAGAUAAUUUUCGACGCCGUCCCAGUGGUGAAACCCAUUCGGCCCUUGGACUGCAAGGAACCCUGCGUCCAGGCCACGACCUUGAAGCACUUGACCAAGUACGGCUUGCUCCUGGCCCCACCAGGCGCAGAUGUGCCCAUUGCGGUGGUGAGCAGCAAUUUUGAGACCAAUUCCAGCAGGCUUUUGCUCGUGGUGCCUGCACCAGGCGAUGCAGCAAUUUGGGAUCCCACUCUGGGUGAGCAUGGCAAUGUGGCGCACAUGAUGCUUUGGGCGGAGGCCAAUGGUUACGCCAGUGCCUUCUUCAGUCACCAGGCGCUAAGCGCGGCGCCAGCAGAGAACUGGGACCGCGUGGUGCGUGGGUCGCCGGCCAGGCAUGCCACAGUCAUCGUGGCCUCCGGCAUGUUGAACUGCCUCCAAGCUGCUCUGCAGUCUGUGCAUCCACUUCUGUUUUCGCGCUUCCGCACGGUCUGCAUCUUCGGGGCGGAUACUCUGGAGGACUUCAAUGCUGAGACGCCUGAGCUGAGGCGUCACCUGGAAGGUUCCACAGUGGCAAUCCCAUCAACGUGGCAACAGCUGGAAACGCAGGUGGCGUACCAAUAUCUCUUCGAACUCCUUCGAGAUAAGGAGGAGCGCUGGCAUACCUUGGAACUGAAGAAAUAUGCUGGCUACCAGGGGCUGAAAGAGAAUGACAUGCCUGGACUGAAGCGUAUGGGUGUGGACCAACGUGUACAGCGCCUGGACCGUGACCGCAAUGACGAUGAAUUGGCUCGGCUGCUGAAGAAGCACGAGGAGGCCCGAUCCAAGGCGGAAGAUAGCGAGGAGGAACCGGGCAUCGACUGAGCAUCGACGCCGCGAGCUUUAGCAGUCCACCGCGCUCUGUGUAGGAUGCCAUCCAGAGUUGCAGUUGGGGAGCUGGUGAUGUGAUGUGGAUUGGAUGCC